UUCUCUGAUACAUUCACGGCCCCCUGGAUGGAUGGAUUGGAUGGAUCAUGGAUCCAGGAAGCGGUCCCUGGACUCCACUACUAAGUGGCAGAACAAACUUGGCAACAGGACAUUAGAUAUAUACAUCGACCAGUAUUUCUACAACAAGAAAAAAACAAAUAACCAACGAAAAUGCGCUUCUUUACUCAGAUCGCUGCCUUUGCUGCCGCCGCGGCUACCCUCGCUAGCGCCAACUCUGUCACUUUCGUGAACCAAGACGACACCACUCGUCAAAUCUACUUUACCCCGAGUGCCGGAAGCCCAACCAUCGACUCCGUUACAGUUGCCGGAAACCAGCAGACCAAAGUAAACAUCCCGACUUCUUGGAUUGGUAACGCCUAUUCUGUUAGCGAAGGUAAACCUAACGUCCCUGGCAUGCUUGCCGAGUUUACCUUCCAAGGCUGGAACGACAUCACUUACUUUGACGUCUCGGCCAUCGUCAACCCUUCUGACACAGUUGGCGUUAAGCAAAUCUUCCCGGCUAGCGAAAUGCAGAACACUCCGAAGACCUUGGUCUCUGGAUGCCUCCUUUUCCCUUGCGCUACCGCUUACUAUGCGCCCGAUGAUGUUCAGACGGUUACCACCAAGGAGACGGACCUCGUCGUCACCCUCGGCAACGCUGCCAACGUUGCAUCUCGUGACAUCGAGCCCGGUACUCUAGUCCCCCGUCACUACGUCCUGGGCAAACUCUCCUAAGCAAGCCUUGGUGGUCGAUCAAUCUUGUUUUUGACGCGCAGUGCGCUGGGCGCUCGACGACGAUGAUACGACAGGCGCUACGGUUAUGCAUUUCAAGAUACCCGCUCUUCUUCACUUCUCUCACUGGCGUGCCGUCUUGGGCAUCGCAUUUCUUGAAACGGUUGGUUGGGGCAUAGACUUGGGAUAGAGUCACGCUUGGCAAAGCAGCAGACUCGAAGGCAGAGGCAUUGGAAGCAAUUCUUUACGGGGCAUAUGGACAAGAGGUGGGAACCGGGAUGUGCUCGUUAGAAGCGUCCGCUAUUAACCGCGAGCCUAGCUGCUCUGCGCAACAAUUCACGACCUCGAUGGUUCGUGCU